GAGCAGGUGGCAAAAGUAAUGCCGUCCAUGGAUGCCGUGGUAAAGGUUUUCUGCGUGCACACCGAGCCCAACUUCUCGAUGCCUUGGCAGCGCAAGCGGCAAUAUAACUCCAACAGCAGCAGUUUUAUCAUUGGGGGGCGCAGGGUGCUCACCAAUGCCCACUCCGUGGAGCACUACACCCAAGUCACACUCAAGAAGCGAGGUUCAGACACCAAGUACCUCGCCACCGUUCUUGCCAUAGGCAACGAGUGCGACAUUGCAAUGUUAACUGUCGAUGAUGAUGAAUUCUGGAAAGGUGUUUUGCCCUUAGAGUUUGGAUCACUGCCAGCACUUCAGGAUGCUGUCACUGUUGUGGGUUACCCUAUUGGAGGAGAUACAAUUUCUGUGACAAGUGGUGUUGUAUCUAGGAUAGAAAUACUUUCAUAUGUUCAUGGUUCUACAGAACUUCUUGGAUUACAGAUAGAUGCAGCUAUAAAUUCGGGAAACUCUGGGGGCCCUGCUUUUAAUGAUAAGGGCAAAUGUGUUGGUAUAGCUUUUCAAUCUCUUAAACAUGAAGACGCAGAGAACAUAGGCUACGUCAUUCCCACCCCAGUUAUUAAUCACUUUAUUCAAGACUAUGAGAAUUCUGAGAAGAAAUCUGGUUUCCCUAUACUUGGGAUAGAAUGGCAAAAAAUGGAAAAUCCUGAUCUUCGGAAGGCUAUGGGAAUGAAAACUGACCAAAAGGGUGUUCGUAUCAGAAGGAUUGAGCCAACUGCUCCUGAAUCUGGAUGCAUGCAGCCUUCUGAUAUUAUUCUUAGCUUUGAUGGCAUAGACAUUGCCAAUGACGGCACAGUUCCUUUCAGGCAUGGGGAGCGCAUUGGGUUCAGCUACCUAGUUUCACAGAAGUAUACUGGCGAGAAGGCACAUGUCAAAGUUCUCCGCAGUUCAAAAAUUCACGAGUUUAAAAUAAAGCUAGCAAUCCACAAAAAACUCAUUCCAGCUCAUAUAAAGGGCAGGCCACCAUCAUAUUACAUUGUUGCUGGCUUUGUUUUUAUGGUUGUAUCUGUUCCAUUUCUUCGAGCCGAGUAUGGAAAAGACUACGAAUUUGAUGCCCCUGUCAAGUUGUUGGACAAGCAUUUGCAUGCAAUGGCGCAAUCACCUGAUGAGCAGCUGGUGGUGGUGUCACAGGUACUUGUGGCAGAUAUCAAUAUCGGUUAUGAAGAACUUGUCAAUACUCAGGUUCUUGCGUUCAAUGGCAAGCCUGUAAAUAAUUUGAAGCAGUUAGCUACCAUGGUGGAAGACUGCAAAGAGGAGCUCUUGAAGUUUGACAUGGAUUACGACCAGGUUGUUGUUCUGGAGACAAAAACUGCAAAGGCUGCUACUCAGGACAUUUUAGCAACGCACUGUAUACCUUCCGUGAUGUCGGAUGACUGGAAGGUCUGAGUAAAAGCUGUUAGAGUGAUCUCCACCCGUGUGGGCCCAACGGCCCACCGGGCCCUUAGAUCCACGGCGCCCUGAUUGGGGGCGCCCAACCCACUAUGGUUGGCGGGCCCCUGUUACACUGCGCGAUAUAAAGAGGUGGGGGCUGGCGGCACGGAACACAAGGUUCGUCGCUGUGCCGCACACCCCACCGAACAACCCCUACCGAUCUAGGGUUACGCGCAGGAGUAACGGGAAGCUCCGCCUUCCCCGUCGCCGUCGCUCCCUCCCCGUCGACCAUGUCGUCCGCGCCGGCGUCCUCGUCCAGCCAAGGCGAAGGAGGGUACUACUUGAUGGGAUGUCUCAAGGACGUACCAACCCUCAGGGGUGACAACUACAUUGAGUGGAGAAAGAAAGUGGACCUGGCUUUUGUUUGUGCCGAGGUGGACUGGGUGGUUGACACUCCACAGUCGCCGAAGCCUACAGAGCCAGUUAGGGAUGCAAAAGAUGAUGAUGAUGCUUGGGAGAAAAAGAAGAGGGAGUAUGCUCCAUUGGAGAUGUCAUACACCCUCGAGAACAGAAAGUGGCUCGCCGCUAAUAAAAAGUGUAUGGCUUUCAUAAAGAACACAAUUGAGCACGCUAUUGUGGGCUCAAUUGCAGAGUGUGCUUCUGUAGGGGGGUAUCUUGAAAAGAUAAAGAGCCAGUUUACUGGUUCUUCAAAGACA